AUGGGUGCCCUCAAGUACGUCGAAGAGAUCCAGAAGAAGAAGCAGUCCGAUGUUAUUCGGUUCUUGCUCCGCGUUCGCUGCUGGGAGCUCCGCCAGCUGAACGCCAUUCACCGUGCUUCUCGCCCCUCUCGUCCCGACAAGGCUCGCCGUCUCGGUUACAAGGCCAAGCAGGGUUACGUUGUCUACCGCAUCCGUGUCCGCCGCGGUGGUCGCAAGCGCCCUGCCCCCAAGGGUGCCACCUACGGCAAGCCCACCAACCAGGGUAUCAACCAGCUCAAGUACCAGCGUGCCCUUCGUGCCACUGCUGAGGAGCGUGUUGGCCGUCGUUGCGCCAACUUGCGCGUCCUGAACUCCUACUGGAUCAACCAGGACUCCACCUACAAGUACUUCGAGGUCAUUUGCGUUGACCCCCAGCACAAGGCUAUCCGCCGUGAUGCCCGCAUCAACUGGAUCUGCAACCCCGUCCACAAGCACCGCGAAGCCCGUGGUCUCACUGCUACCGGCAAGAAGUCUCGUGGUAUCAACAAGGGCCACCGCUACAACAACACCAAGGCCGGCCGCCGCCACACCUGGAAGCUCCACAACACCCAGAGCUACUGGCGUUACCGUUAA